AAAUAGAGUCAGACGAUAAUUUCUGACAGCAUAUUAUAGGAGGUUCGAUAAUUCGAAACAAUCUAGGAUGGAUAGUUUUACUGGAGCAAACAAUCAGUCAUCACUUUGCUUUUGAUGCAUCGUUUAGUUCCAAAGUGUGGCCUCACGUUCAAACCAAUGGCUGAAAAGCCAGUUGAAUAUAAGUAUGGUCCACGAUCUGUCGCCAUCGGGGACUUCAAUAAUGACACAGUUUUGGAUAUGGUUAUUGCGAAUCAUAUAGCGAACAAAAUAGCUGUCUAUUUGGGACAUGGUAAUGGCAGCUUUAGAGAUCCAACUAUGUAUUCGACAGGUUCCUACUCUAGUCCAUACAUGGUCACAGUUGCUGAUUUCAACAAUGACCAAUAG